CACCAACCUCUUCUUAAAAAGAUCUUAUAGACUCUUUGCAAGUUAGUUAGCACUUAGUUUCCAAAUCUACCAUAAUAUUACAUAUCAUAUCAUACAUAUAUAUAUAUAUAUAUAUUCUUAUCUCACCUUCUUACUCAACCCUUUUUCUCUAACUCCUCUUCUCUCUCUCCCUUCACUUUUUAUCUCCUUUGCUUGCUUCUCUCCCUUCCUCCACUUCAAGGAUAGAUAUAUAGCUGAGAGAUGGCAGAUUACAGCAGAAGUUGUGAAGAGUAUAUUGCUACCCAAGAACAAGAGGUGGCAUCCAGUGGGAAGAAAUAUGGAGGACUUGUUCCAAAGAAAAAGCCUUUGAUCUCCAAGGAUCAUGAACGUGCCUUCUUUGAUUCUGCAGAUUGGGCCUUAUGCAAGCAAGGUGCAGGAGUGAACCAAAAAUCAGCAGUUGCUAUUGAGACUUUACAGCCAAAGUUACAGAGAACCCCUCAUCAACAGCUCCCCCCGAGAAGACCUGCUUGUAAUUCUGGACGAGAUAGCCUGGCAGAGUAGAUCCACUGGAGGUGCUCCACCCAAAAAAAAAAAAAGUUAAUUCUAUGUAAUUGAAAGUUGCAGACUUACAAUCAUGAGAUGGUGUGCGUUUCAUUUGGUUCAAUGAUUGGAAUGUACAACUAUUCUUAUGAUAAAAACUAUUUGAAAAAUGCUUAGAUUGUCGGUUUGUCUUUACUUAUAAAUUACAUUUGUUUUUUUUUA